CAUUAUUUGAUCUUUCCGUCCAACCAGUUUGCAUGGCGAAUCCGGGGCAACCUCUUAACCUCUUAACAUGAGCUUAAACCUUGACGAUGACCUCAACAUGGGAUUAACUAGUGAAUCACAUCAACACAUUCUAAUGAAUUGCUUCCCAUCGUGUCACUAAUUUUUAUAUUGGUUCUCUUCUAACUUACCUGACAAUCAUUCCUAUAUAUACGAAACAUUUCUCCAAUUAUUCAUCUUACCAAUAGAUACCUACUACUUUAAAACUUGUUACAUAAAAUACCUUGGUACUACCUAUAUAUAGGUUGGCAUAUCAUAUGUUUCAUUGGCUUGAAAUGUCUAUCAAUCAACACACCGAAAGACACCGAACGUCACCGAAGAAUCCAACAACAUAAUUGACAUCACAAUUUCACAUCAUUCGUCUACACUACAAUUACUAAUUCCUAUGAACAGCCACUUAGGGAUUCAGUAAGCUCCAAUGUUGUACAUAUAGUCCGGCCGGAGUUUCAAUACGGAGAAAUAAUCAAAAUGAGACGAGGGAUCCAUUCGGUCACAAUCACAGAUCCCUUGGUUAAGUAUCAAUCAUUACUCGCGACCGGCAUUUGUAGUCCUGAUGUUGCUCAGCACAGGCUAGCAAUACAUCUCCAAAAAGUUUACCAUCGCCUCAAGGACUAUGUACCAUCUUCAGAGUAUCGUACCCGACUCAAAGCUCUAACCAGCGCCCUAGACCGAACUAAGAAGAGCGAUGAAAAUGCGUCUCCUACUCUCGCAGUCGAGAGCCAUCCUAUCUGGCGCAAUCCUCUUUUUGCUCGGUUCAUCGCACGCAGUGAAAACAAGGAUACACUAGCUCUAAUGAGGAUCCUAACAAGUCACGAAGAGGCAAUUCAAAUAGACUCGCCCCAGGGCUUAUUUCUAUCGGGUGAAGUAGGUACAGGCAAGUCAAUGCUUCUCGACCUUCUUGCCGACGGUUUGCCCACAAGCCGAAAAAGAAGGUGGCAUUUUAAUACAUUCAUGCUAUAUACACUAUCGCAGCUAGAGAGUUUCCGGAAAUCACAUCAGCAAUUAGAUCGCGCUGACCAGGAAUAUUCACUAUUAUGGAUGGCCAAGGAUAUGGUCGAAAAAUCGCCGAUCCUUUUCCUAGACGAAUUUCAAUUGCCAGACAGGGCAGCGAGCAAGAUCCUCAGCAAUUUAUUCAUUGCUUUCUUCCAGUUAGGGGGUGUCCUUAUUGCUUCCUCAAAUCGCAUGCCGGAAGAGUUAGAAAAAGCCACCGGGAUUGAUUACGUUCCACCCACAGCUAGUGGCAUUAUAAGUCAAGUUUUGGGACUCAGGAAAACUCGAACGAAGGGUGAACUAUUCGGUUCUACGAGCGAUUUUGCGUCAUUCCUUGAAGUUCUAAAGGCGAGAUGCGAAUUUUGGCAUAUAGAUGGAGGAAGAGAUUGGAGGCGUCGUGAGGCUAGCAAAUCGCCAAACCAGCGUGUUGGUGCCCCUACGGAUAGUCACAUAUCCGAUGGCUUGACUCCUGAUUUUAUAGGCGAGCAAGAGGUUAGUGAAUCGGAUGUUGCCAUUGCAGCGCCAAGAAAUUACUUCCUGUUGGACAAAACCGAUGAAAAUUCAUGGACAAGAACAUUAAACGAAUUAAUCUCAUCUUCCAAUGAAAGAGAUGUACCUUGGGAAUCAUUAACAUUGACCGUCUAUGGUCGGGCUAUCACGAUUCCCCAACAAUAUGGUGGAACGGUUUGGUGGGAUUUUAAGGACCUCGUGUCCUCAUUCGGACCAGCCGAUUAUAUCACAAUGGCUUCAACCUUUCAUACAUUCAUCAUCGACGGAAUACCAACUUUAACGGUUCUUAAGAAGAACGAAGCUAGAAGAUUCAUUACGCUAUUAGACGCUUUAUACGAAGCUCGUUGUAAGCUUAUCGUCCGGGCUGAAGCCGGUCCAGACAACUUAUUCUUUCCGGAGACAAAAGUCGCCCCCUUACCGGUAAAACAGGAUUCUCAAGGAAACCAGAGUGUUGACGAUGAUGCCAUACACUCCGAAACCAUUUCCGAGGCUUAUCAAGACACAAUGUCUCCUUUCAGACCUAAUAUCUCAUCAUAUACAGAUUCGAGCAAUACGGAUUAUGACCCAGAUCAGGAUUCAGAUUUUGGCGUAGGGCGGAAGUCCAAAGUGGAUUUCAGUAACACCAGUGCGUUCACUGGAGAAGACGAGCGGUUCGCGUAUAAGCGAGCGACGAGCCGCCUUUGGGAGCUUUGCAGUGCCCAGUGGCACGCUCGCACGGGUAACUGGUGGCAGCCAUUGCCGCAAGACGCGCGCCAUUGGGAAGCCUCACCGGCUUCAAAGCCCCGACCAUGGCAAGGUACACCAAAUAUUCGAGGCGAUGACGCUAGGAUGGGCCCAAUCGUAGAAUUAGACGAGCCAACAGGCUUACAGCGGUUGCGAAUCGAUGAGCUGAGAAAAGCCUCUUCUGGAGAAAAACGGGAGGACCAUAGGAAAGAAGAUCAUAGAUAAGAUUAACAUGUGAUGUUGUAUUUAGACCAUCAUACAGGAACGCGCAAGCAAUCAUAUAAACGAAUAAUACAUUCAGACUUGACGGAAACAAACGCCUAGACUCCAUGCUCU